AUGGCCCAGUCUAUGGUACCGCCACCAGUCAGUGUUAAUGACGGCUCUUUUGGCAGUUCUAUGAUGGCGCCCCGAGACUCAUCGACAUUCUCCCCUUUGGCCGUGGAUACAGAAUUCUUGCACUGCUUUGACGAUCUUCAGCAACUUUAUAACAUGCAGCAGAUAGAAGAUCCAGUCAUGGAACUGAGUCAAGACUGGCUCGGUUAUCUGGGCACCGGCAGUGACUUCGUCGCACCUGCUUAUCAAAUGUCAGGAUAUUGA